AUGCAAACGAUUAGUAUUUUUGAUGCGAAGAUAUCGGAUCUGCAACAUGCCUUGAAUCUAGGUCAGGUCAACAGCGUUCAGCUCACGGCGGCACAUUUCAACCGAAUCGCGUACUACGAUCGUCGCCAGACCAGGCUAAAUUCCACGCCUGUCAUAAACGAGAAGGCCUUCGAGGACGCGCAGUGGUCAGAUCAAAGGCGUGCAACUGGGCGAACUAGGAGUAUGCUCGAUGGGAUUCCCUGCACAAUAAAAGAUAGCUACAAGGUUGAGGGAAUGACGGUGGCUUCCGGCUCUCCGGCCUUUAAAAGUCUCGUCGCCAACGAGAACGCAUUCACUGUCCAGCGAAUUCUGGAUGCUGGCGGCGUCAUUCUCGGCCGAACCAACAUGCCUCCAAUGGCGGCUGGUGGUAUGCAAAGAGGCCUCUAUGGGCGGGCGGAAAGCCCUUACAACGAAGACUACCUCACGGCUGCUUUCGCAUCUGGAUCGUCCAACGGCUCCGCUACGUCUACUGCGGCAAGUCUUUGCGUGUUUGGCAUGGGGGAGGAAACGAUAUCGUCAGGUCGGUCUCCAGCCUCGAACAAUGGUCUGGUCGCAUAUACACCCUCUCGAGGACUCAUAUCAAUACGAGGAAAUUGGCCCUUGUUCCCGAUCUGCGACACGGUGGUACCACAUACCCGAAACCUAGACGAUAUGUUCAGUCUUCUUGACGUCAUUGUCGCCGAUGAUGAGACGAAGUCUGGCGACUUUUGGAGAGGCCAACCCUUCGUUUCACUCCCACGCGUCGACCAAAUUCGUCCGAGGACCUACCAUGACCUUGCCGACGCCGAAGCAUUGGUAGGCAAGAAGAUCGGCGUACCGAAAAUGUACAUUGGAGGUCACGACCCAGCUGCUUACCCGGUGCAUACACGUCAAUCUGUGAUUGAGCUUUGGAGUCGCGCCAGGGCCUGUCUAGAGUCUCUUGGGGCGACGGUGCACGAAGUCGACUUCCCAAUUGUGACUGAAUUUGAAGGGCCGUAUGAGCCUACCGGAACCCCCGGCGAGGUCGAGACUAGUCCUAUCCAUCGGGCCAAUGUUGAUAUGUGCAAGCUCAUGGCCUAUGCUUGGGAUGACUUUCUGAUCGCCAAUAACGAUCAAACAUGUGCCUCAACGCUGGCUAUCGUUGAUUCGGCAACGAUCUUCCCGCGGCCUAAAGGAGCCUUGCCUGACAAGUAUGCCUCGGAUGACCCUCUUGUCCGCCACACCGAUGUGGUCGGACACAUCAAAUCGAAUCGUGUCCCCAUAUAUGAGAUCCCUGGCCUCGGUGCCGCCCUUAAAGAACUUGAGGCUCGCCGCAAGGCUACCUAUGAGGACUGGCUCGACCGGCUAGGGCUUGACGUUGUCGUUUGGCCGUGCGCGGGAGACGUGGGCAAAGCCGAUGCCGAUACGAACGAGCAAUCUGCGAAGGAAGCCUGGCGCAACGGCGUGCUUUACUCGAAUGGCAAUUGUGCUAUUCGCCAACUUGGAGUCCCUACAGUCAGCGUUCCAAUGGGAGUUAUGAGGGACACCCAGAUGCCGGUCAACCUAACCUUUGCUUCCAAGGCUUACGACGAUAACAACAUUUUUCGGUACGCCUAUGCCUACGAAACUGCGUCUCGGGCACGCCAGGCUCCGAAGCGAACUCCUCUUUUGGCUAGUGAUACGAUUCCAUUGAAGAAUGUCUCCGGUAUCAAGGGAACCACCGCGCCCGAACUCUCCGUUCAAGGGAGACGAGAAGCCGACGACUCCGGUCUCAUAGAUUUUGGGACUGUUCGUGCCGACAAUUGCGAGGGGCUGAGAUCUCUGGAAGCCUACGUAGAUGGGAAACCAGUGAAGCAUGUGAAUAUGACAAAUGACGUUUGGGAAACCACAAUCAAAGGGCUUUCAGCAUGGGGCGGUAACCUCGAAGAGCGAGGCGUGCCUUCACAAGAGCUGGCUAUGGUGAUUGUUACUGUGACCGCGAAUAAUGGAAGAUCGGCCGGGAAGAUGCUCUUUUUGUAG